AUGGCGCGAACGAAUACCAAUCGUCGUGCUCUAAGCACAAAAUAUAAAACUUGGAUAAAAACUGCAACAAUUCUGAUGGUCAUAGGAUCUAGUCAAAUAGUUUCCGCUGGUGGUUAUGGUGGCGGCGGAGGUUAUAGUGGAGCUUCAGCUUCGGCCUCGGCAAUUGCUAGUAGCUAUUCAUCGGGAGGUAGUGGUGGUUGUAAUGGUGGUUGUGCUGGUGGUGGUGGUGGAGGCGGUAGUGGUCCUGGCUCGAAUCCCUUUCUUCCCGGUGGUGGUAUCAGCAUCCACAAGGAAGUCAAUUUGAAUGGUCUCAAACAGGGUAUCACCGGAGUUGUUAGCGGCAUUUUAGAUGGUGUUGGCAAAAUUCAUGGAGCAGCUGCUGGAUUACAUGGUGCAGGCGGAGGUAUUGGAAAAGGUGGCGGCUUUGGUGGAGGUGGUGGUUUUGGCGGAGGAGGUGGUGUUGGUCUUGGUGGAGGAGCUGGUGGUGGUUCAGGUCCAGGUGGUGGAGCCGGAGGCGGUGGUGGAGCUGGUGGUGGUGCAGGAGGUGCUGGCGGUUUAGGUGGUUAUGGUGGUUCACCGGGUAGCCCUGGCAGACCGGGUGGACCUGGUGGUUAUGGAGGCGGUGCCGGUGGUGGCGGUGGAGGAGGUGCUGGUGGUGGUGGCGGAGCUGGUGGUGGUCCUGGUGGUCUUGGAGGACAUGGUGGUUAUGGCGGUAGUCCUGGUGGUCCCGGAAGUCCAGGUGGUUACGGUGGUGGUGCUGGCGGUGGUGCUGGCGGAGGAGGUGGUGCCGGUGGUGGUGCGGGAGGAAUAGGCGGUCAUGGUGGUGGUUAUGGCGGUGGAGGUGGUACUGGAGGCGGUGGUGGUUACGGCGGUGGUGCUGGUGGUGGCGCUGGCGGCGGAGGUGGUGCCGGUGGCGGAGCUGGAGGAGGUGGUGGAUUAGGCGGCCAUGGUGGUUACGGUGGUGCUCCAGGAAGUCCUGGUAGUCCCGGAGGUCCAGGUGGUUACGGCGGUGGUGCUGGUGGUGGCGCUGGUGGCGGAGGUGGUGCCGGUGGUGGUGCUGGUGGUUCAGGUGGAUUAGGCGGUUAUGGAGGUAAACCUGGAAGUCCAGGAGGUCCUGGUGGUUACGGCGGUCGUCCAGGAAGUCCAGGUGGUUACGGCGGUGGUGCCGGUGGGGGAGCAGGUGGAGGAGGUGGUGCUGGUGCCGGAGGUGGUGCUGGUGGAUUAGGCAGUUAUGGUGGUGGUCCAGGAAAUCCUGGUGGAAAUGGAGGUUACGGCGGUGGUCCUGGUAGUUCCGGAGGUCCAGGUGGUUUCGGCGGUGGUGCUGGAGGAGGCGCUGGCGGAGGAGGUGGUGCUGGAGGUGCAGGUGGAUUAGGUGGUUAUGGUGGUGGUCCCGGAAGUUCAGGUGGACCUGGUGGUCAUGGUGGUUCUGGUAGUCCAGGAGGACCAGGUGGUUACGGUGGUGGUGGUGGAGCGGGCGGAGAAGCUGGUUCCGGAGUUGGAGGAUUUGGAGGUCCUGGGGGACCAGGUGGUCAUGGCGGGCGACCCGGAAGUUCUGGAGGACCUGGGGCUCAUAAUGGUGGAUCCGGUUCUGGCGGUAAUCCCGCAGGCCCAGGCGGUUAUGGUGGUGGUUCUGGAGGUCCCGGCGGUUAUGGUUCCGGUGGCGGCAAAGGUUCCGGCAAACACGGCAGCGGUGAGUCAGGUGGUGCUCCUUGCACAGCCGGCUUAUGUGGAUUGGGUGGGCUAAUACCCAAUUUCAGUGGCGCUGGAGCUUUUAGCGGUGCCAGUGCUUCAAGUUUUGCCUCUGCUGGUAGUGGAGCCUUUGGCUUUGGUUUUCCCGGCAGUGCAGGCGGUUCAGAUGGCGGUGGUAAUGGUCCAGCAGGAAGUUGUGCAAAAUGUGCCGGUGGAGGAAAAUCGCAUUCGGGUGCAUAUGCAAGUGCCUCGGCAACAUCUUCGGCAUAUGCCAGAAGUUAUUAA